CCUCCAAAUCUCCUGUACCAUCAGGCUCCCACUCCAGACAAGUUUUUUUCCCACCGUCUGCUGGUCUGGAUGCCCUAUAGGCUGUGGCGUGUGAGUCUUAAGUGCACCAAUUCGGAAUGCGUCGGGCAUCAACUGACAAGUGGUGGAUUGCAUAGGAGGGUCCGGCAGGUGCUGGACAUUGACAGCUACUACAACCUAGUCACAGAGACCCUCAUUUGCACCAAGUGCAGGUCCAGCUACCUGUCCUGGGGAGACGCCGUGCUGCAGCAGCUAGACCUGGCCCAUCGCUCUGAGUUUAGGGUCAUCCUGACACAAAAACAUGCCAUUGAUAUACGUGCCAUCCGUUUUUUGCGUGAGAGAACAAUGGGCAAUGGACCGGUACGCCUGGUCGGGCAGUUGAAGGAGAACCACAGCGAGCAGUGGUUGCAGCGGGUCAAUCGCUACACCGCAGAGUGUAUGGGGUUUCGCAACAACAACCUCGGCCUCCAACAGAUGUCCUUUCAGAGACCUCCAGACCCUGUGGAACUGCCAAGCUACAAGUGGCUCCUCACUGUUUACAGCAAGGACAUUCUACACAGGCUGGAUGACAUCAAGGCAGCCAUCACUUCAACUUAUGGGUCUAUCUUAAAAAUGGACUCGACUAAAAAAAUCACGAAAAAAUUGAGUGGGCCUGCGAAGGGGACGGCACAGUGGAUGACGUCUGUGGGCAACGAAUUCGGCCAGGUACUCAUCAGCGUCCUGACUACAGAUGAGGGUAAUGGGCUUGACGCGAUGACAGCGGGGUUGGUUGAGCGAUACAGAAGGGCAGGCGUUUCUCCACCAACUGUGCUCUAUGUGGACUGCCACUGCUGCAAGGAGGCGGGAGACACUAAGCUGAAGCAGCGGUUUGGUGGCUGGCCAGGUAUCAUCAUCCGCCUUGACAUCUGGCAUUUCAUGCGACGCCUGGCUGGAGGGGUCACAACAGAUGCCCAUCAGCUUUACCCCAUCUUUAUGGCAAGGCUGUCAGCAUGCAUUUUUGAAUGGGACGCUGAGGACCUUGCUCUCCUGCGAAGGGCCAAGAGGGAGCAGCUGACCAAAGAAGGCCUGCCCACGGCUUCUCUGACAGAUGUGAUAGUGGACAACUGCAUCACCAAGGCAGAGCUGGCACUUCACUGUAGGAGACGGACGCGCGGGACGGACAACACCAUCCGCCUCCUGGGGAAGCUGAUAGAGGAGCUCAGCGGGCCGAAAGGGAGAGAUGCAAUGGGAGUAGGUUUGUUUGAGCCGGUACGAAUACAGCACUUGUGGAAUAUCCAGAAGCGCCACGUGGGAUGCAUCCAGGACCUUCCAGAUGUGCCACUCUACACUCAAACGGGAACUCUCAACAAGGGUGGAGUGGCCUUGAAAACGUACAGAUGUGCCAGAGGUUCGACAUCCUUGGAGUCCUUCCACUGCCACCUUGCCAGGUUUAUUCCAGGUUCGCCAUUACAUAAUAUGACACCCUGUCACUAAUGCUUAUGUUAUUGUACAGCACUGUUAUGUUUGUCGGUGUCAUAAAUUAAUGUGCUGGCUUCUUUCUGUUUUCACAGGGAACAGCGCCAACAGCCUCAAUUUCCAGAUUUAUCUUCUGGAAGGCCUGUUC